AUGCGGUUUUGUGUUGACUACCGCCGCCUGAACGACGUUACGAAGAAGGACAGCUAUCCCUUGCCUAGAACUGAUGACACGCUGGACAUGCUCACAGGCGUAAAGUGGUUUGGUACGCUGGACCUGAAAAGUGGCUACUGGCAGGUUGAAAUUGACCCUAAGGACAAGGAGAAAACUGCAUUCUCCACAGGAAAGGGUCUGUGGCAAUUUAAAGUCAUGCCGUUUGGAUUGUGCAAUGCUCCAGCAACGUUUGAAAGAUUGAUGUAG